GGGUGUUAUAGCAGCGGUAGAGUAUAGGGCAACGUCGCUCUUUAAACACAGGGACAGCCGCCCGCGGCCAGCCGAGUAGGACAGGAAACGAAUCGUCGUCGGCGGACAGUGAUUGUUAGAAUGGACUUCACCUAUAGCAUUUGGCGAUGUGCGACAAGCGACGAGUUCCGAGGCGACGACCUCAUCGCAUUGCGUUGCCUCUGCCGCGAAAAUGGCAGAGGUUAGUGCUUGUCAUCGCCCAGCGCCUGUUUGCUUGUAGCCACACUUGUUGCCGCUUCCUUCAAUUGCAAUGUUCCCUUUCUCGUCGGAAACUCUUCUCAAGAUUGUGUCAGAGGACCCCGCCAACGGCGAUGAUGUCACCGACACACCAAUUGCCGAACUUGGCCGCAGCAGCUCGCGCUUGCGUCCGCUCCCUGCAGACUUACCGAUAACCCGAUAUCGGCAGUCUCGGCUUAGCACGUGCGUGAGAGCUGAGAGUGCCAACAGAACCCGAGGACUCAAGAUCGCGCGGAUUGUUCGGCAAGGUCGGUCAUGCGCGCUGAGGAUGUCAUUGCCAUGGAUGUCAUUGGUUGCUGGGUUUCGGUGCUCAACCGCCUCGGCUGCAUGGCUUCAGUUUUUGCUGCGUCUUGAUGUUGGAACGUUGGAACACAACCGGCGUUUCUCUGGCCUGCGGGAUCAACGGUUGGCGCUCGUUCGGCUGCGGCGUCCUUCCCGGUUCUGCUACGGCCCGCUCGGCUGACUCGCAGAGACAAUAGCACUGGUCUUCCACGAAACGGGCAAUACCUCAACUGAGAAACAUAGCUCCACGUCAGCAAUUGUGCCUCAGUGAUAACCUGGAAAGCACUGUAUCAUG